AGUAAGGCCGUGAGAACAGAGAGAAGGGACUGCCGGGCGUGCUGGUGCGCGCCUGUGAGUCCAGCACUCAGGAGGCUGAGGCAGGAGGUUUGCUGGGAGCUGGAGUCCACCCUGGGCUGCCUAGACAGACAAACAGCAGCAACAACACGACCUAAAUAAAUAAAUAAAUAAAAGCAAAAUCGAAACAAAAAGUCGUGUUCAAUAUCGUUGGCGAUGAGUGCCUUUGGUAGCGUGCUUGCCAACCGUGUAAUGAACUCCUGUGUUACCUACGCAGCAGUGCAAAGCAUUUAUCAUCCUAAUGAUGUAGGUGGCACCUCCACCACCAAGCGAGACCACUUAGGUGAGGCCUUCCCGUACAGUUUAGCAGGCUGAGAGAAGUGGGGCGGAUGUUAAUCUUUUAGCAACGGGAGAAAGUGUUCCUGCUAAGUACUACUUUCUGAAGGAGCUGUCUCUUACACGCAGUGUGAAAAUCACUAGACUGGGGCAUCUACAUGGACAUGUGGUUUGGUAGGAGUCGAAAAGUAGAGUUGUAGCAUCUCAAAUAAUUGCUGUAGUCCUUGAAUAAGGCAGUGACAUUUGAGGAUGUGGCUGUGAACUUCACCAUGGAGGAGUGGGCUUUGUUGGAUCCACCCCAGAAGAAGCUCUACAGAGAUGUGAUGUGGGAAAACUUUAGGAAUGUGACUGCUAUAGGAGAAAACUGGGAUGACCAGCAAAUUGAAGAUGAGUAUAAAAAUUACAGGAAAAUUCAAAGAAAUGCAGAGGUAGAUGAAUGCUAUCAAUGUAAAUUAUGGUAUCAACGUGCAGAGAUACUUUUUAUGGCUCCUGACACAAAUGUGCACAUGAAACUGCUUGGUACAAAGCCAGGUGAAAGCCUUGCAUGUGGAAAGCCACUGGUUGGUCAUUCAUCACCAACCAUGCCCAUCAUGCAUAACACUGGCUUCAAUUCAUAUGAGCUUCAUGGAUUUGAAAAGAAGCUAUCUACCUGUAGUAGACAUGGGAAAAUCUCCAUGGACUUGCAGUCUUUUCAGAAACAUGCAAAGACAAAUUCUGAAGAAAAACCACAUGGAUAUAAGAAAUGUGGAAAAUCCUACUCUGAUUACAGUGAAGGAAAUAAUGAUAAAGAGAAAUCCUUUGUCUAUAAUCAAGAGGUGAGAGCCUUCAGUACACCUAACUAUGUUCAAAUCCAGGACAGAAAUCAUGGUAGGGUGAACACUUGUGUAUGUAUACAAUGUUGUAAAGGUUUGAAUUCUCACCAUGAUAUUCAGAAACAUGAAAGAACUCACACUGGAUCAAAAUCCUAUGUAUAUCAAUACUGUUGGAAAUCCUUAAAUAAUAGCACAUCAUUAGGUAAUCAUGAAAUAACUCACACUGGGGGACAACCCUGUGUAUGUAAGCAAUGUGGGAAAGAUUUCUGCAUACAGAAUCCUUGUCAAAGUCAUGAACAAACUCACACUGGGGAGAAACCCUAUGUAUGCAAGCAAUGUGGAAAAGCUUUCAGAACACACAGUGUAUGUAAAACACAUGAAAGAAUUCACACUGGGGAGAAACCCUAUGUCUGUAAGCAAUGUAGGAAAGCUUUUGGCACACAAAGUCAUUGCCAGAGACAUGAACUAACUCACAGUGGGGAGAAACCAUAUGUAUGUAAGCAGUGUGGGAAAGCUUUUGGCACACAGAGUCAUUGUCAGAGACAUGAACUAACUCAUACUGGGGAGAAACCCUAUGUAUGUAACCAAUGUGGGAAAGCUUUCAGUACACACAGUGUAUGUAAAAUACAUGAAAGAAUUCACACUGGUGAGAAACCCUAUAUAUGUAAGCAAUGUGGGAAAGCUUUCAGGACACAGAGUCUUUAUAAAAUACAUGAACGAACUCACACUGGGGAGAAACCCUAUGUAUGUAAGCAAUGUGGGAAAGGUUUCAGCAGGCGCAGUCAAUGUAAAAUACAUGAAAGAAUUCACACUGGGGAGAAACCCUAUGUAUGUAAGCAAUGUGGGAAAGUUUUCACCACACACAGAUGUUGUCAAGAACAUAAAAGGACUCAUACUGGGGAGAAACCCUACAUAUGUAAGCAAUGUGGCAAAGCUUUCAGCAAACAUGAUUCUUAUCAAAGACAUGAAAGGACCCACACUGGGGAGAAACCCUAUGUAUGUAACCAAUGUGGGAAGGCUUUCAGCACACGUAGUGUAUAUAAAAUACAUGAAAGGACUCACACUGGGGAGAAACCCUAUGUAUGUAACCAAUGUGGGAAAGCUUUCAGCAGGCACAGUCAAUGUAAAAUACAUGAAAGAAUUCACACUGGGGAGAAACCUUAUGCAUGUAAACAAUGUGGGAAAGCUUUCAGUACGUAUGGUAAUUGUCAAAAACAUGAAAGGUCUCACACUUGGGAGAAACCCUACAAAUGUAAGCAAUGUGGGAAAGCUUUCAGCACACACAGUUACUGUCAAAGACAUGAACGAACUCAUACUGGGGAUAAACCCUAUGUAUGUAAGCAAUGUGGGAAAGCUUUCAUUACACAGAAUCAUUGUCAGAGACAUGAACUAACUCACAGUGGGGAAAAACCCUAUGUAUGUAAACAAUGUAGGAAAGCUUUCAGCACACACAGUUCUUGUCAAAGACAUGAAAGGACCCACACUGGGGAGAAGCCCUAUGUAUGUAACCAAUGUGGUAAAUCUUUUGGCACACACAGUGUAUGUAAAAUACAUGAAAGAACUCACACUGGGGAGAAACCCUAUGUAUGUAAGCAAUGUGGGAAAGGUUUCAGCAGGCAGAGUCAAUGUAAAAUACAUGAAAGAAUUCACACUGGGGAGAAACCCUAUGUAUGUAAGCAAUGUGGGAAAGCAUUCACCACACACAGAUAUUGUCAAGAACAUGAAAGGACUCAUACUUGUGAGAAACCCUACUUAUGUAAACAGUGUGGGAAAUCUUUCAGCACACACAGUUAUUGUCGAAGACAUGAACGAGCUCACACUGGGGAGAAACCUUAUGCCUGCAAAAAAUGUGGGAAGGCUUUUACCAGACACAGUAUUUGUCAAAGACAUGAAAGGAAUCACACAGUGUAGAGACCUUGUAUAUGUAAGCAAUAUGGAAAAGCCAUCAGUUACUUUAGUAAUCAUUAUAGACAUUAAAAUAUUGAAGAGAGGAAGUUAACUCUGAAUAUGUGGUUGCUUGCACUGAUGUGAAAGUAUGGUACAUAGAAGACUUCAUGUGCAAUAUUAAAAAAUCUUUUAGUACAUAGGUAUUAUUACAUACCUGAAAGAAUUCAUAGGACAGAGAUCUGCAUCAUAUAUGAACAAUGUGGGAAAUGUUUUAUUAUUCUUAGUACAUUCAAGUUUGUGAAAGAAUUCACAUGAGAGGGAAGCCAUACAUAUGCAAUAAAUAUAGGAAUCCAUCCCAUUUUUCCUCAUGCCUUGAAAAUCAUGAAAGAAUCCCCACUGAAGAGAAAGCCUAUAUAAUGUGUGAAAGCCUUCUAUGAUUCUCAUCAGAAAAAAAUGUACAAACUGAAAAUGAGAUUUAGCAUAAAUACUGAAUGUGUGAAAGUUAGGAAUUAGAGUGGCAGAGACAGAGAGGUGUGUUAGGAAUGACAACUGUUUCAAAGCACACAUGCAGAGACAGUGUUCCUCCAAUGUAUUUAUGGAUUAAUGUACUGAUAAGGUUGGAAAUUGCAUAAUAAUGUUAAAUUCAAAAUAACAGCACCUUGCAUCCAAGUCUUAAGUACAUGGCCUUCAAGGGACAUUUUACAUGCAAACCACUUGCCUCAGUUGAAUGGGAAAGUUAAAUUUAUUCAUAAAAUGAAAUUUUAUGGAGUUUUAAAAGAAAAAUCCUUCUUUUAUGACAGUGUAGAUUAAACAAGAGGUCAUUACAUGAAAUAUGCCACACAUAGUCAAAUUAAAUCUUCAUCAUUUGUUUUUAGCAACAAUUGAAAACUUGAAAAAAGCAGAGAUUUUAGUGGUGAUUGCCAUGUGUAUGGGUGGGGAAGUUGAGAGACAUUAUGAGAAAGCACAGUGUUUCUUUGGUAGAGUACAAAAUGACCUAGAUCCCAUAGUGACUACAGUGAUUGCUACAGUGCCUCAUAGCAUUACAGUUUGCUAGAAGUUGUUUUUAGUGUUUUGUUCUUAUACCCAAAAGGUAAUUGUCUUAGGUGAUGCAAAUGUUACCCAUGAAGAAUGUGGUAAUUUCACAAUAUAAACAGCAACAGAUUGCUCUGUACACUUUCAGUAUAUGAUUUUUGUUAUUUUUUUGUUUAAUAAAAUGAAUACAAUUAAGUUUAGCAAAAAUAA